AUGAAGAAAUAUCGGUGCAGAAACCCUGUUGGGAAAAAUUCUGAAAAAGAAAACAUUUUCAAGUCAAGACGGUCAAGUUAUAUUAUAUCAUCAAAACUAUACUGGGGCGGAAAAGCAGAAACAGAAAAGGGCUUGUCAAGAAAGCAUAUUAUUGAAGGUUUAAAGUGUUCGUUAGAAAGACUUCAGUUAGAUUAUGUAGAUAUAGUAUUUGCAAAUAGACCAGACUCACACACUCCAAUGGAAGAAAUUGUUCGGGCUUUCACAUAUGUUAUAAACCAAGGUUGGCCAAUGUACUGGGGUACAUCACGUUGGUCGCCCACAGAGAUAAUGGAGGCCUAUUCUGUAGCUCGACAAUUUAACCAGAUCCCUCCAAUAGCUGAGCAAGCUGAAUACCACUUACUACAGAGAGAGAAGGUAGAACUACAAAUGCCAGAACUCUAUCAGAAAAUAGGUGUUGGUACGAUAACCUGGUCACCAUUAGCAGGUGGUAUACUGACAGGGAAGUAUGAUGAUGGUGUGCCUAUCUAUUCUAGAGCAGCUUUGAAGGGUUAUUCAUGGUUUAAAGACAAAAUUCUGGGUGAGGAGGGAAGAAGGCAACAGGCCAGGUUAAGAGAGGCAGCCAUCAUAGCAGACAGAUUAGGGUGUUCUAUGUCACAGUUAGCAUUAGCUUGGGUAUUGAAAAAUGAAAAUGUACAGUGUGUACUACUAGGAGCUUCUACCGUAGAUCAACUUUAUCUUAACAUUCAGGCUUUACAGUAUGUACCUAAAUUGUCAGGAAGUAUUAUGCAAGAGUUAGACAAGAUUUUAGGGAACUCACCAAAAGUGAAGAAAGAAAGUAAUAUGAGAAACUGGUUACAAAGGUCAACAAGCAAGCCUUAACUUCCCCAUAUAAAUAGGUAACCAUUAUAACUGAAUAUACUAAACAUGAUGUAUCUCUGAAAGAACAAAAGAUUGCAAAAUACGCAAAAAAGUUUGGAAUUUUGAUGAUGACUUAAUCAUUAGUUUACCACAGAACUCUAUUGCAUCUUCUGUAUUACCUGAAUAAUAAGUCAUUUAGAUUUAGACUUUUUUUUCGUACAUUCCAUUUUAAGACAAUGCAAGAAAUAGAACUUUAAUGGAAACAGGAAUUAAUAAGAUGAUUGCUUUGACACAAGGAGGAAGAAUUCUCGGCACCACAUCAGUUGUAUUGAAAUGAUAUUGUACAAUGUGUACUCAAAGGCAACUGAUUCAUUUAUUUGGGUUUCACAUUUG